AGUGUCCAAUGUGUGCGCAGCUGCCUGCUGGGCAGUGAGAUUGCCAUGGCAACACGCAGAAUAUAAAUUUGCUCAGCGCAGCACCCAGCCAGGAGCCGCAGCUGGGAGUAGCAGGAUGGGGCUGACGAGGAGGCCGAUGGGGGAGGGCGUGCGCCAGCGUGAGUACAUCCACGGCGGUGCACCGGAAGUUGGUGAAUUCUCUGAGACAUAUCCACGAAGAAGAGGUGGAGAGGGAAUUCUGCCUUUGAAGAAGAAUGAGUUGACGGCAGACCGUGUGAUCAAGUUUUGCGGGCAUUAUAUUCAACAUAUCCGGGAAAAAAGUAUGGAAAACAAUGAGUGGGUUUUAAAAGGUGGAGAGGAAGUGGAGGAAACAAUGGACAGCCGGCUGAUAAGAAGGCUGCUGGACGAGCUACUGGUGGGGUUGGAAUCGAAAGAUAAAUGUGUUCGGCUUAGGGUGUGUCAAAUGAUUACGCUGAUUGUUAACUGUAUGGAUGAAAUCGACGAUGAUUUAUUCGAGCAACUGAAAAAGGCGCUUGCAAAGAGAUUGAGGGACAAGGAAGCGUCGAUCAGGGUUCAAGCGGUGAUAGCAGCGUCUCGUCUUCAAAAUGCAGAAGAAGACAUCAACGAUGAUAUUAUUAAAAAGACUUUUUUGCAGCUUAUACAGCAUGAUCCGAAUGCGGAAGUGAGGCGUUCGGUGAUUUUGAACCUUGAGAAAAACGAAAAGACACUGCCUUUUAUCAUUGAAAGAGCUCGUGAUACGGAUAGUAUAAACCGCCGGACUAUUUUUUCCAGGACUCUCCCGGAAAUGGGCGAUUUCAGGCUCCUUAGUAUAAGUAAACGAGAAAAAAUUUUGAAAUGGGGAAUAAAGGAUCGAAAUGAUCAAGUAAGGAAAGCCGCUGUAAAAAUGUUUUCUACAAUUUGGAUCGAACACGUCAAUAAUAAUCUCCUUGAAUUAUUAGAAAGACUGGAUGUUAUAAACAGUAAAAUUGCCGAAGAUGCUAUGAACCAUUUCUUUUCCAUGAGAACCGAUGUUGUUAAAACUAUAAUUUUCGACAACAAUUUUUGGGAAAACAUUACGCCUGAAUCGGCUUUCUUAGUCAGAUGUUGGAAUGAUUUUUGUUUUAAAGAAGGUUAUUCUUAUCUUAUUGAAGAAAGGAUUCCCGAAAUAUCGCAACAAGCAUUGUAUAUAGAAAAAAUAUUAGAAAAUUUUCAACAUGAUACUGAGGAAUCUAAACAAGAGUUAGAGUUUAUAUUUAAGCAGUUUUUACUUAUUAUAAAAACAACAGAUUUGAGUGAUGAAAUGGGUAGGAAAAAAAUAUUUAAUAUUCUUCGGAAUAAUAUUCCUAAUCAUGUUUUUUCCGAAAAUCUUAUUACUCAUAUGGUAGAAGUUUUUCGGAAAAUAACAUCUGACGAAAAGACUUUUGUCAAACUUUUAGCGGAAAUGAUAGUGAAUCUUUUGGAUUCCCUGAACGAGCAAACAAAUAAAGUUAAAAAAUAUGCCGAAGAUGACACUAAAUCCGAUGACUCAUUUGUUUCAGUGGUAUCGAAUCAAGAAAAUAUUCCACUUUUUAAAUCCGUCGACUCUAUAAUUAAAGAAGAAAUGGAAAAUCCUAAUGGAGGCCAUAAGACAUUUGUUAUUUUCAGAUGUCUUUGUCUUACUCAAGCUAUGCUCGAAAAUAUUGAAAAAAAUUUCCGGAAUAAUUUCGAGUUCAUAGAAAUACUUAAUAAUUUGAUUGUGCCAUCUGUCAGGAGUCAUAAUGCAUCGAUUAGGGAAAAAGGUCUUCGGUGUUUAGGUUUAUGUUGUUUAUUGGAUAAACAAUUUGCUAGAGAGAAUUUGAUUUUAUUCUGUCACUGUUUAGUAAAGGGACAUGAUUCUUUGCAGGUUGAAGCAUUAAAAAUUAUUACAGAUAUUUUUAUGUGUUAUAAAUAUGAUGUUUUUGAUGGUUCAUCGAUAAAUUUGCAGUCGAUUCAGUCGUUAUUCGAACAGAUAUUGCAAAAUACUUUAAAUAUCGAUAUGACAGCUACUGCUGUAGAGGCUGUUUCUAAACUAAUGUUAACGUCAUUUUUCGAUGAUCCUAAACUGCUUAAAAUCCUUAUUAUCUUAUAUUUUGAUCCAAAAACAUCCUCCAAUUUAAAUUUACGUCAAAUUCUUACAUAUUUCAUUCCUGUUUAUUGUUAUUCUUCACCUAAAAAUCAAUUUUAUCUUCAAGAGAUAUUCGUUUCUACUUUGCAUAAAUUAUUACAAAUCUUUGAUGAUUUAGACGAUGAUAUCGAACCUAUUCCUUUUUCACAAAUAGUUCUUCAAAUGAUGGAUUGGGUCGAUCCAAAAAAACAAAUUAACCCCGAUAUUUCUAAAAAUCAAUCAGGGCAUACGAAAGAAAAUAAAGAUAUUCAUCUAUAUUUAGCAAAAGAUAUCUGCACUCAAAUAAGUGAAUCUUAUAAUAAAGAAGAAAGACGGACAUUAUGCACCUUACUCAACAAACUUCAUAUUACAUCAACAUCUAAUCACGAACUUACAGAUUCACUUCAAAAAAUUGUUCUUAAACUUCUCAAAGUACUAUAUACAAUAAAUAUACGUAUUUCUAACAUUUUUAAGGAAAAUAAUUCUUUAGAUUCUUUUGCUAAAAAUUCAUUAAAUAAAUUUUUUACUACAUUAUGUAAAUUACUUGAAUUCAAAGAAACUAAUUAUACAUCUAUUGAAACGUUUAAAUAA